AUGAAACCAACAUUCGUUCUCACAAUUUUUUUGGCACUUAUUGUUAUUGCACAAACAUAUCAUGUUAGUUUUAAUAAAAAACGGGAACUAUUAGGGGUAAACUCCGAUAGAACUGUACCAAAUCCCUUCCAUAAUAAAAGAGACGAAAUUGUACCAGCAGGACCAAAUCCCACGGAACUAGCAGAGGCCGAUAGAACUGUACCAACAGGUCCAAAUCCCCUCCAUCAUAAAAGAGAUGCAGAUGUAGCAGAGGCCGAUAGAACUGUACCAACAGGUCCAAAUCCCCUCCAUCAUAAAAGAGAUGCAGAUGUAGCAGAGGUCGAUAGAACUGUACCAACAGGUCCAAAUCCUCUCCAUAAUAAAAGAGAUGCAGAUGUAGCAGAGGUCGAUAGAAUUGUACCAACAGGUCCAAACCCUCUCCAUAAUAAAAGAGAUGCAGAUGUAGCAGAGGCCGAUAGAACUGUACCAACAGGUCCAAAUCCCCUCCAUAAUAAAAGAGAUGCAGAUGUAGCAGAGGUCGAUAGAACUGUACCAACAGGUCCAAAUCCCCUCCAUAAUAAAAGAACCAACAGAGAUAGCAAAUUUCGAUAG